GCGGUCACACUCCAAAUUUUGUUGCAUAUUUUUUGUUGGCCGCGCACUCCAGCCAAAAUUUAAAGCGGAAUUUAGUGAUAUAUACGUUCUGAUCUGCACCGCAAACGAGUGCAGCGUGUUGCCAGUGGAAGUGCCAAGCGGUAGUUACCCGAUUUUCCGGCCGUGGCACCUUACCGUUCGAGAAAUCGGCGUCGAUCGGAUGACGAUUGAAGAAGAAUCGAGCGCGAAGCACAUUUUUGCGAGGUCGAGACGACAGCGAUUUGAAAGCGUUUGAAACAGCAGCGAAAUGUUCGAUACGCGGAAAGAGGUUGACGAGCAUGUCCACAAAUUGCUGGGAAAGCUGCCGCCGGGAAGUGAGCGCGAUAUCAAGGGCCUGGCGAUAAGCAAAAUGUACUACAAGAUCCAGGAGUACCCCCGGGCCAUUGAGUAUCUGACCAGCUAUCUCAGGGUAAAGGAUGAAGCGGUGGCCCACAACAUGAUAGCCACUUGCUACAGCAGGCUGAAGACACCCGAUGUGCAGAAGGCGCUGCAGCACUGGCAACGCAGCAUGCAACUCAAUCCCCGGCAGUCGGAGGUGAUCCUGGACGCCUGCGAACUGCUGUUGACCGAGAACACCGUCCUCAACACGGAGCGCGCCAAGUACUGGCUGGAUCUGGCCACUGACCUGGACUUGGGCGACAACCAACACGUCUUCGCCUUGCGGAUGCGGCUGAAUCACCAGGAGAGCAACGGUGGUGGAGAUGGCAGCGGUAAUGGAGACAACACCAUGGAACUGCUGAUGCACAAGGAGCUGCAGGCCCGACCUCAGGAUGUGAAUCUUCGCGUGCGCCUGCUGCGAAGUUAUGUGGAGAAGAAGAAGCUGGAUCAGGCCUUCAGCUACGCUCUAAAAACCGAGCUGGAGUCCAAGGGCAUCACGAGUCAGUCGAGCGAAUGGUAUGACAUGGUCUGGGUGCUGCUAGGAAAGAUGGAGACGGCCAAGGACGUCAAGAAGAACUGGCGCUUCUGGCAGCUGGCGCUCCACGCCCUCGACCGCCUCAUGCAACUGAGCCUGGAGACAGGAAGCGGACUGGCGGACAGCAGCAACCAGCUUUUCCGCCUCGAUCAAUACCUGCACAAGUUCAGCAACGCGAUAGAGCGGGCGGGCGAUGCCCCGCAGAGGGAACUCCACCAAUCCUGUGCCGAUCACUAUACUGGCCAGCUCCUCCUCCACGCGGUGACGCUGAUCUUCAAACGAGAGCUGCUGGGCAACAAGAAUAAGUGGUUGAACGCGCUGAAAUCCGCACUGCCGCUGUUGCUUCUUGGCUACCAGGUGAGACCGCUUGAAGAUUCCCACCACUGGAUGAAACACUGCGACGCGGAGCAGAAGCAACUGAUGCAACUGUGGCGCCAGCAGGGCGCUUUCCGCUGCGCCCAGCUUGGCCGCACACUUUUGGGUUGCCUGGACCGAUCGCGAAUGGAAAAUGACAACCAGAAGGAAAACAACAACAGCAAUGAGAACCAAGUCCCCGCCCAAACAUUGCCCGGAUUAUUUGCCGACUCCGAAGAACUUCUGUCUAGCGCUCACCAGCAGUGCCUGGACAAAAACUGGCGACGCCAGCUCUUCCAACAGCUAUUCACCCACGCCGAGCACAAGCUGAAAGAUCAGUCCUCGCAUCUGGUGCGCCACCCGCGUCUGCAGCAGCCUCUUUUCGAGUGGCCCAGUCUGGCGGAGGUCGAGACCUGUGAGCUGCUAGCGUUGUCACUGCCGCCCUACUCCUUGGCCCAACAUGUCUACUUGGCGCUGGGAACCGAGCCCGACCGGCUUGGUACAGCGCGGCGCGUGGCCUUCUAUGAAGGUUUUCGCCGGGAUGUAAAGCAGAACCUCAACUACUGCGGCCACGAUUCCAUCAGCCAGGUGGACAUCGACCUCUACCUCUACGCCACAGUUAUUCAGACCCAGCGGCGGUUUCAGCUCCAGAGGGAAACGUACAACACCUCCAAUUUGGGCAACCGCAAUGCUGCUAACCGGCCGCAUAUGAUGCCGUUUGCCAAUCUUCUGAGUCAACUAGUAUCUUCGGAGCAAAGCAACUGGUGGGACUUGGUGCUGCGGCUGCACUCGAACCAGCUGACCAGCGAAGGUAAUCGCACCGAGCAAAGAGCUCAACUGCAGCUCGGAUUGGAGGCGGUGCGUGGAGUGAAUGGACCCAAAGCAGAUGCCAUCAUUAUUUUCCAGCUCGGAAAAAUCCUGCAGGAGCGCUCUGACCUUACUUUGGAGUUACGCAUCGAUACUCUCUACAGGCAAGGAUUUUCAAUGCUGCGUCGCCAGCACACGCAGCAGUCGGACGCCUUUGUUCGGAUCUUCAAGUACGGAUCCGCCACCUCAACGGCCGCCUGGAAGGAUCUCCAAGCGCUGGCUGAGCACGCUGUCUCCUAUUUCAGCUCAAAGAUGUUUAAGGCGCAUCAAUAUGAGCAGUUUGUGCAAGAGGUCCGAGGACUCGAUCUGCCAAUGGCAUACUUCAUGCAAUCCGAGGCGUACCGCCAACUUGAGGAGUCCGCAAAGACACCCCGAGUUUCCCGAGCUCGUUUCUCGGAGCGGAGGAAGGAGUGCCUGCAGCAGACGCAGCAGCUGCUCGAAACGGACAUCAAGCACCCACUCCACAAUCAUAUCCAACGAGAGCUUCGGCGCUACCAACAGAAUCGCAGUAGUCACGGUCUCGAAGAUAGCUUCGGAAGCCCCGAUGCUCACAACAACUCCUCCACCUACGAGGAUGCCGAAGAUGACUUCUAUUUGGGUGCAGCCUUGUCGGCCAACCGAUCACGUCGCCAGGCGGAACCCGCUCCAGUGACACCCAUUGUUGUGGCAGCGCCACCAAGCCAGGAGAUGGAGCAGACUGUCAAGCAGAUCAGCAAGUCUCUGUGUGUGCUGAAGGACGAUGUAAGUUUGGGAAUGGAAGCCAUGCGCCAGGAAAUCAAGACCCUCACUGAGAAGUUCACGGGACUUGAGGAGCUGCUCAAGAAGCUUAAGGUCAGCAGUCGAGACACUCCGACACGGGAUGUGGAUCCAGCAGCCGCUUUGGGAUUGGACGACCUGUUUAUAAUUGAGGAUGCGCUAGCAGAACACCAUCAGCAGCAGCAACAACAGCAGAACCAAGCAGCCGUGCAGCAGGUGGUUCCUAAUCCGUACGGUGGGCCCACUCCUGGUUUCUACAACGGUGUACCGAACACGCCGGCUGCACAGGAUCGCUUUCUGCCAGCACCCUAUGGGAGUACCAUGUUCAACCAGAACCAAAUGUACAACUACUACGCUGCUCAGGCUCAAGCCCAAGCCCAAGCCCAGUUCUUGCGGACUCCACCUGCUCCAGGGGCAAUUCCACCGCCCAAUAUGUUUGGUCCCCGUAAUCCGAACUUUGGACUGCCCAGUAUGUUUCCACCGCCGGCAGGGGCUCCGGUAGCACCAUACAUCGACGCUAUGGGUAACUUUACCCAGCCUCCUCCAAGUCUGAUUCCGCCUCCCGCUCAGCCAGCUCCACCUCCGGCUCCUAUAAGUCUGCUAGAGUCGAAGCCACCGGCUGCUCUGCCCACUCCCGGUUUCUUCAACACGCCAACUCCGGGCUUUGGAGCUUCGCCCAUUCAGGUUCCGCAGACCAAGCCAACAGCUCCAAUUCCUGGAGCUGGCUCUGGCCAAGGACCGCUUCCUGCAUCUGUGAAUCCUGUACCAGUACCAGCUGCUGUUCCUGCUCCUGUUCACGUACCCCAAGUGGCUCCUUCUGUGCCCGCUCCCGCUUCCGCUACCGCUAGUGUUCCAGCAUUGUUUAACCGCGCCUUGAACAACCAGCCCGUGGAAAAGGAACCGCCGGCAAAUGUUGUUAUAACCAGUUCAGAUCCGUUGCCUAAGCCAACGAGUGCAAGUGUCCAGCCAACUUUGAGUGUGACCAUUCCAGCUCAGCACAUCAAGCCCAGUUUGGUGCAGGCCCCGGAACCACAGGCACAGCCACCGGUUCCAGCAACAGCAGCCUUCAGCUUUAACUUCGGCACAAAGACCUCGGAAAGUCCUUUCUCCUUCAAGUCACAAGUGGCUAAAGCAGCAGCCGAGAAACAGAAGGAACAGGAGGCCGAGCUGAACCAAAGUGGAGCUAGUGAGCCCAACAAGAGUAUUCCAGCAGACACCUCUGCUGAUGAUUACGAUCCUCGCCCCGACUUCCAGCCCAUCAUUCCACUGCCCGACGAAGUAGAGGUUCGCACCGGUGAGGAGAACGAAGAGGUUAAGUUUUGCGAACGAUCCAAGCUCUUCCGAUUUGCUGACAAGGAGUGGAAAGAGCGCGGCACGGGGCUAAUAAAGAUUCUGUGCGACAAAACGACCGGCGUGUCGCGGGUUUUGAUGCGUCGCGAUCAGACCCACAAGGUGUGUGCCAAUCACAAGAUCACUGCGGACAUGAAUCUGGCCACUCCAAACAAGGAUAAGGACAAGAAAUCGUUCUUGUGGGCAGCAAAUGACUUUGCUGAUGAGCAGGUUACGCUGGAGAAAUUCCUGGUGCGUUUUAAAACACCAGAAACGGCCGAGGAGUUCAGGGUGGCCUUUACAAACGCGAGCCAAGCGGCCAAGUCCGAGAACCCAGCGGAACAGGCGGAGAAACCAGCAGACCUUACCAAAACCAACAAGGAAGCAGCUGCAACUGCUCCCGCUGCUUUCACUGCACCCAAGACUUUCUUGACCAGCACGCCAGCUCCCAAUUCGCUAUUCGGGAAGCCUCAGGAGCAGACGAAAGCCGCACAAUCUGAUGUGGCUCCAGCAUCUCAAGCAACAGUGGCCAAGUCUCUGUUUGGAACCCUUUCGGCGGUCAGUGCGCCACCUGUAACUUCUGCGUCCCAAGCUCCCACGCCAUUUGCCAACUUUAGCUUCACCGGGAAUGGAACCACAGCAGGAUUCGGCACUGCAGGCACUGGCUCUCCCUUCAAAAACCUCUCCUUCGGCGGUACAUCUGCAGUGGGUAGUGGCAACAACACCACACUCUUUACCACGGCUUUGAUCAAGGACAACACAGUGCAAAGUCAGACCCCACAGCAGCAGCAACAGCUAAACAAGUCAAGUGCAUCGGACGCCGAAGAGGAGUACGUGCCCACGGCCCAGUUUACACCGGUUAUCGCCCUGCCCGACCUUGUGGAAGUGGUCACCGGGGAAGAGAACGAGGAUGUGCUCUUCGAGCACCGGGCCAAGCUUCUGCGUUGGGAUAGGGAGGCGAAUGAGUGGAAGGAGCGCGGCCUUGGCAAUAUGAAGCUGCUGCGUGACCGCACCAAUCCCAACCUGGUGCGCCUGCUGAUGCGACGCGAGCAGGUCCAUAAGCUGUGCUGCAACCAACGUGUGUUGCCUGAGACCAAGUUCACUCCCUCGACGAACAUUAAGGCGGCCGUCACCUGGGCGGGUCACGACUAUUCCGAUGAGGAGUUGACCACCGCAUUGCUAGCUGUGCGGUUUAAGUCGCUCGAUGUCUGCCAGGACUUCCUAGAUGCCGUGCAGAAGGCCCAACAGAGCAUUGGAAAGGAACCAACCAAAGAGGAGGCCGCUUCUGCUGGCGCUACAGAAAAGAAGAAGGAGGAAGAGAACCCAGUAAAGGGUUUUGGGGACGCCUUCAAGCCCAAGCCAGGCAGCUGGAGUUGCCAGGCUUGUUACACAAGCAAUGGCCAGGACCAGCUUUACUGCCAGGCCUGCCAGGAGCCCAAAGACGCCACUGUACCGCCCAAGCAAUCUGGGCUGGACCAAGGCAAUGCACUGAACUUAACCACUAGCGGCUCGGCUAGCAAGUUCUCAUUCGGCUUUGCACAAGCUGCUCUUCCCGCCACCGGCGGAUUUAGCUUCGGAGGAGUUGCACAGCCCAAGGAGAAGCCAGUGGGGGCAGCUGUGACCGCCACGUCUUCGGCUCCUGCUUCAGUUCCGCCAGCUCAAGCUGCAUCUCUUGGAUUCGGAAAGACUUCCACUACUUCCGGAUUCGGGGAUGCCUUCAAGCCCAAAGCCGGUAGUUGGUCGUGCUCCGCCUGCUAUGUCAAUAAUCCCGGAGAGUCCCUUUACUGCUCAGCCUGCGAAACACCCAAGGAUGAUACUGUGCCAAAGAAAGAGAACUCACUGGGAUCGGGACUUACUCUGCCCACCACCACCCAGUUUAGCUUCGGUUUUGGAGCUUCUGCAGCUAGUAAGAAGGACCAGGCUGCCGAGGUGACCAGCAAGAGCAGUAAUGUGUUUGGAUCUGCCACCUUCAACUUUGCGGCUCCAGCCAUGCCAACACCUGUAGCACCGACUGCCUCAAUCGGAUCCAGCAACUUCAGCUUCUCCAUGUCCAAGCCAGCCCAACUGCAGCCAAAGAGUCCAGCGGCAAACGACGGAGAUGAUAACGAUUCCCACGAGGAGGAGGAGGAGAACAAUACCUAUUUUGCGCCGGUGAUCCCAUUGCCUGAUAAGAUCGAUGUGAAAACGGGAGAGGAGGACGAGGAGCUACUGUACGUGCACAAGGCCAAGCUGUACCGUCUCACCGAGGGCGAGUGGAAAGAGCGCGGCUUGGGCGACGUGAAGAUUCUGCGCCACAAGCAGACCAAGAAGUUGCGCGUGGUGAUGCGUCGCGAACAGGUGUUCAAGAUCUGCCUCAAUCAUGUGCUCAACUCGAAUGUGGUGUACAGGGAGAAGACCGAGACAUCGUGGAUGUUUGCAGUCCACGAUUUCAGCGAGGGCGAGAGCGUACUGGAGCGUUUCACUCUGCGCUUUAAGAACAAGGAAGUGGCCCAAGGCUUCCAUGAUGCAGUUAAAAGUGCGCUUGAUGGCACCGCUAAGGCCAUAGAAGACGAUACCGAUUCAAAGGCCACUUCUGUGACUUCUUCCUCUGCGGCAGCUAGUGAGGCGAAGGCUUCCUUAGAUACUUCGCUCCACGAUCAUGCAGGCCAGGGCAGCUGCAUAGGCUGCGAUGGGGACAAGUUCGCAUUCGGUAAAACAUCGUCUGUAAGCUCCGCCACUUAUGAAGUAAACCCACCCCUACCCAUGACCCUGCCUCUCCUGACUCUCCCCCAGCCCAUUUCCAAAUCAAAUAGUUCCUCAACUGCUGCCACCUCCAUAUUCAAAGCUAGUUCGCUGGGCACAACCAACUCAACGUUCUCCGGCUUCGGUAAUUUAUCCGUAUCGGAGGGAAGCAAAGCGCCUAGUUCGACCUUUGUCUUCGGUAGCACUGAUAAAUCGGAAUUUGGUAAACCAGCCGAUCCCCUAGCUCUUCUGCAAAAAUCUAUCUCGAGCGGUGGACAAGGCAACGUUCUUAAUUCUAUUUUCGGCAGUGGCCUGUCAAAACAAAAUUCGGCUGAGGAUUCCGCUAAGUCCAUUUUCGGCGGUGGGGACAAAACGACGGAGCAACAGAAGAACGAGUCGCCCAAGUCGAUUUUCGGAGGCGCCAAAGCGGAGUCCCAAGAGGCACCCAAGUCAAUCUUCGGAGGUACGAAAGUGGAGUCACAAGACGCACCCAAUUCCAUCUUUGGUGGCAGUAUCGCUGCACCCGCUUCCGGUGUCUUUAAUCCGUUUGGGGGCGCUUCAGAUGGCAAAGACGUGCCAAAGUCUAUCCUUGGCGGCACUCCAUCCAUAUUCGGAAACUCCAACACUUUUGGCGCCCCCAAAGUCGAGUCCCAGUCACCAGCGAGCAAGGAAGAACCCAAGUCCCAGUUUGGGUCCUCCAACAUUUUUGGAGGCUCAUCAUCCGGUGGCUUUUUGUUUGGCAGUGGUAGCGGAAGUGCCAACAUUUUCGGACAAAAAGAGCCAGCCGUCUCUUUCACAGAUGUGAGCAAACAGGCAGCCCCGGAAAAGGAGAAGGAAACGGAUAAAACGACGAAUCAAACCCCAGGUUUGGGUGAAGACGCCAAGGACAAGAAGGAAAAUACACCCGCAGCACAGCCGGCGACCAGCACGUUUGCCGAUUUGGGCAAUACAACUGGGAACUCAUUUGCCGAUUUGGCCAACUUGGCAAGCAAACCGGGCGGCACAUUCGCUGAUUUGACCAACAAGGCGAGCGGCUUCUACAAUCUGACGCAGCAGAACGCUUUCAAGAACUUUCAGUCCCCGCAGCAGACGGGCAAAACCGAGUCGGGCGCUGCAGAUGGGGAUGAUGAUGAUGGCGACGCCACCAACGAUGACAACUACGAUCCGCACUACGAUCCCAUUGUGGAGCUGCCGGACGAAAUAGUGGUAACCACUGGAGAGGAGAACGAGACUAAGCUCUAUGGCGAGCGGGCGAAGCUCUAUCGCUAUGAUCCCGAGUCAAAACAGUGGAAGGAGCGAGGCGUCGGCGAGAUUAAGGUGCUGGAGCACCCGCAGCUGCAGACAUUCCGAAUGGUCAUGCGGCAGGAGCAGAUCCACAAGCUGGUGCUGAACAUGAGUAUCUCCGCCUCCCUGCAGAUGGACUACAUGAACGAGCAGAGAAAGAGCUUUCUGUGGGCCGGCUACAACUAUGCGGUGGACGCAGAGGGCAAGGUGGCCACCGAGGGCGUGCUGGAACGCCUGGCCUGUCGAUUCGGCAAGCAGGACAUCGCCGACGAGUUCCUCAAGACGGUCACCUCCUGCAUAGAACGUGCCAAAGCCCUGCAUGGCGAUCAGGAGGAUGACCAGGAGGACGACGAGAACGACGCGGCAGAGGAGCAGGACAGCUCUUAAGGAAACCGAAACUAAAUAUAUGUAGCAUGUUUACAAUUGAGUUUAUAAGAUAGUCUUUCGAAGAAGUAUCGGAAAUUGUUGAAAAAGCGCACUUUUCCCUAUAAUAAAACUUUCAUAAAUAGAUUAA